AUGGCCACCUAUCUGUUGCACACAUUUAAACGACUCGCCGUAUCGGAACGUGGUCCUGCCGGUGCAGCACUCCGUGUAAUUGCGGCUGCUAAUCUACACACGAGCAGUACACUUGCCAAAAACUGGAACGGUCACAACACGGGCCCGCAACGAUGGUUACAGUAUAACAAGGUCAUCUACCCUCCACAGCAACCGGACGAACAGGCGCGCCCAGCGUACAUCUGCCAUCAGAAGACCAACAUCAAGUACAGCCCAAAAAAGAUGUGGUAUGUUGCGUCGUUCGUGCGCGGCAUGUCGGUGGACGAAGCGCUCAAACAGCUGUCCUUCAUCGACAAGAAGGGUGCCAGCUACGUGAAGGAAGCGAUCCUCGAGGCGAUCGAUAUGGCGGUCAAGCGGCACAACGUCGAGUACCGGACGAACCUAUGGGUGGCGGAAUCGUUCUGCGGGAAGGGUCGUGUGUUCAAGGGUAUGCGGCGACAUGCCCGGGGGAGGUCGGGCGAGGUUGAGUACAAGCACUGUCAUUACUUUGUCCGGCUGGAGGAGGGAACACCACCCGCCCACUACUAUCAACCGGCACCGAAAACGGGCGAACAGCAGCUAGCAGAGUGGGAAGAAGCGAUGCGAAAGCGCAAGGUGACCGGGUCGCUGUGA